UCGUGAGGGACAUUUCCGCGUCGCGAUCUUUAUUUUCUUGUUCUUUCUAUUUUUAUUCUUCAAUUCAAUCUUUAUUUCUUUGUUAAAUUCGUUGAUUUCUUCCCUUUUGUCGCCACUUAUGAAUCGGAUUCUCCGGUGUUUGCUUACGUGUUUGUGAAUUUCUUGCUCAAUCUCUGCUUCUUCUGUAUCUGUUAUUUGGAUUUCGGCUUUUUUCGUCUUCUUUCUCCUGUUUUGCUGCUAUUCGGCUAAAACAAGCAAAGGCUCUUCACUCUUUUAGCCUUUUCAACUCUCUUGAUUCUCUGUUUGAAGUUUCAUGUAUGGUGGUUUAUUCAGAUUUGUGGGAGAGAUGGGAUUUUUCAGUACUUUAUUGGGGAUUAUUGGGUUUGGAAUUGGAAUUCCUCUUGGACUGGUUAUGGGGUUCUUCUUGUUCAUCUUUUCGAAGCCGGAUAAGGUCAAGGAUCCGAUGAUAAGGCCAAUCUACGAAUUGGAUUCAGAUGCUUUGGAAGAACUUAUUCCUGAAAUUCCACUGUGGGUUAAGCACCCUGAUUUUGAUCGGGUAGACUGGUUUAACAAGUUCCUUGCAGCCAUGUGGCCUUACCUUGAUAAGGCUAUUUGUCCUAGCAUAAGAGCCAUGACCAAACCAAUAUUUGCCGAAUAUAUUGGGACGUUUCGAAUUCAAUCUAUCGAGUUCGAGAGUUUAAGUCUUGGAACUCUUCCUCCCAAGCUUUAUGGUUUCAAAGUGCAUGAGACCGAUGAGAACGAACUAGUUAUGGAAACUGCAAUCAGAUGGGCCGGGAACCCCGAUGUAGUAUUGGUGUUGAGACUCUUUUCAUUGCAAAUAAGAAUUCAGUUAAUAGACCUGCAAAUUUUCGCUGCACCUCGGAUAGUUUUGAAGCCUCUAGUCCCUGCUUUUCCUUGUUUUUCCAACAUUGUUGUGUCUUUGUUGGAGAAGCCGCAUGUAGAUUUUGGAUUGAAAAUACUCGGAGGUGAUAUCAUGUCCAUACCUGGCCUCCAUCAAUUUGUUCAGGAGGCUAUCCGAAAACAAGUUUUGAAUCUCUAUCUUUGGCCCCGUGUUUUCGAGAUACCGAUACUCGAUGCAUCAGUGGGGGCAACGAAAAAGCCAGUGGGAAUACUACACGUGAACGUCGUCAAGGCACUAAGGCUCUCGAAGAUGGACUUAUUGGGGACCUCGGAUCCAUAUGUCAAACUCAGCCUAAGCGGAGAACGACUACCAUCAAAGAAAACCACCAUUAAGAUGAAUAACUUAAACCCAGUUUGGAAUGAGAAGUUCAAGCUUGUUGUAAAGGAUCCAGAAUCUCAAGUUCUUCAUUUGCGAGUCUAUGAUUGGGACAAGGUUGGCGGACAUGACAGGUUAGGAAUGCAGCUAGUCCCCUUAAAAGUACUUGCACCCUACGAGACGAAGGAACUAACGCUCGAGUUAAUAAAGAACACAGACAUAAACAAUCAUCAGAACAAGAAACCGAGAGGACAACUUGUGGUCGAGUUGACGUUUACUCCGUUCAGAGUAGAAAGCAGCAAGUCUAGUAGUCGGUUAGAUGGAUGUCGGAGUAUGGUCAGUCAAAAUGAAAGAGAUAUACACGACGAUUUCGUAGGUGGAGGAGCGGGAUUGUUGUGGGUGAAAAUCCAGGGAGCUACAAGCGUGGAGGGGAAACGACAUAGUAAUCCUUAUGCAGUGACACACUUUAGAGGUGAAAAGAAGAAAACAAAGAUGGUGAAGAAAUGUCGUGACCCGGUUUGGAACGAUGAAUUCCAAUUCAUGCUCGAGGAGCCUCCAUUAAAAGAGAAGAUCCAUAUUGAGCUUGGGAGUAGGAGGAGCGGCCUUUUCGGUUUCCUCUCGAAGGAAUCAUUGGGACACGUAGAGAUCAAUCUGAUCGAUGUCGUGCACAACGGACGCAUCAACCAGAAGUAUCAUCUAAUCAAUUCGAGACAUGGAAUGAUACACGUCGAGAUACAGUGGACACAGUAGCUUGAUGGAAACAAAAUGAGUUCCUUCCCCACUUGACAAGCAUGAACACCCAUGUAGCUUGCUUGGUUGUUCUUGUUGAUCAUUAUUGUCAAAGGUUCAUUGACAAAAUGCCUUAUUUCUCGUGUUUAUUUCGGUUUUUGUAUAAAUUACGUCGAUCGUAUCGUAGCUUACCUAGUCAGGGCAUUAGUCAUUUAAACCUUCUCACCGUAUCGUAUCGUAGCUCAAAUAGUAUUUACUCGAAAAUUAAAAUGUGGAAUUUAUGGUC